AUCUUGCUGGUGUACGCGGUCUCCCGGAAACGACGGUCGUCGGCGUCUUGGCUUUUCGCGCCGGCGACGCCGGCCGCGGUUGCACUGGUGCCGCAGCCUGAUCGGGCGAAAUGUUUCCGUCGGCCAGCAUCAACUCGGCGGCGACGAUCGCGGAACCGCGCCGGCACCUUGACCAGGUGUACGAGCAUGGUGAACCACCACGGGGAGAAACGCUUUCGCACAGCACCGCCACACACGGACACGCUCAGACGAUCACACCCGCCACACAGCCGCAUCGGGCGCCCUUUUCGGACUCUGGCGCGAACUCCCGAAGCCAGCCGCCCCGUCUUGGCUCGACCGUUGGAUUUGCGUACGUGGCUGCCGAUCCCGAACACCUGCUAAAUUUAGCAGACCGAAAGUUUGAAUUUUCCAGCGUAGAGAGCGAUCCGAAGCUGAUCCAAAAGACGUGAUGGAGGCUUUCAAAAUGGCAGCCCCCCUAAGACGAAGCACGCGCGCUGAAGCGUAGAAUCUAUGUGCAGUUUGUCGGCUCGUAUGCGGACGUUGCGAGUACUGAUCGACGAUUUCUGCUUCAGUCCUAAGGCGCCUAAGGCUUAGGAUAUGGCUCACAGGACGAUAACGUUCAUAAAGGCUCCGCUGUACAACGGCGUCGGCCGUUACGUGUGUCAGCUUCAGAGGCUGACGCUGACCUUCUGCAAGACGCACGGCAGUAGCCGCUUCAUGCGGGAGUACAUCGAGCGAGACCUGGUCAACUUCGCGCGCGACAACCCGGGCGUCGUGGUGUACCUGAAACCGCGACGGCACCGCGACCCUUACAUCGUGGCCGAGUACCUGAACGGCCAGCGGGACAUGAUGCGCGUCAACUACAUCCCGGCGAACGAGCUGGUCAAAUGGGUGGACCACUUCCGCACCCGCUCCGGGGAGCCCAUCGCCCGCAUCAACAAAUACCACCGCACCGAGCACCCCAGCAUACAAGGUUUCUGGACACCCUUCACGAACAGGCCAACGGAGCAAAAUCUUUGCAAGUUCCCGAACGAGGAACUCAGCGAGUUCAAGUCUGUUUUUCCGACGGCAACUGAGCAGCUCCAACAGUUGGCUGCCCAGGAUAGCCAGGAGACGUCAGAAACAAAAGAGUGACGCCUACAUUAGGAUUUGCAAUGCUGGUAGAAAAAUAAAUGUUUGUUUUUAUCGUGUUCCAA